AUGGAACAGGAAAAUGGAAAGCCCCUUCAGGAUGAGACCACUCCCUGUCCCCCAACCCAGACAGCAGAUACUUCUGGGACCAUGGGGAAUGGAUGCUCCAAUGGGGAAGAGUUAGUCAAAGACAUGGCCCAGAAGAUGUCUGACAAGGACUCUGCAGAAGAGGGAGGGGCUGAGCCCAAGAAGGAAGAAAACAGAGUAGGGGAGGCCCAAUCUAAAGCCAACACAGAGAAUGAUGAGGAAGCCAAAUCUGACCCCAGGAAAGAGGUUGAUGAAAAAGAGGAGAGCAAACCUGUACCCCAGAGAGAGGCAGAUGGGGAAAAAGAGACCGAGUCUGAACCGGCCAAAUCUGAACCCAAAGAAGAGGCCGAUGGGAAAAAGGUGGCCAAGUCUGAACCCAAAGAAGAGGCUGAUGGGAAAGAGGAGGCCAAGUGUGAAUCCAAAAAAGAGGCUGAUGGGAAAGAGGAGGCCAAGUCUGAACCCAAAGAAGAGGCUGAUGGGGAAAAGGAGGCCAAGUCUGAACCCAAAGAAGAGGCUGAUGGGGAAAAGGAGGCCAAGUCUGAACCCAAAGAAGAGGCUGAUGGGGAAAAGGAGGCCAAGUCUGAACCCAAAGAAGAGGCUGAUGGGGAAAAGGAGGCCAAGUCUGAACCCAAAGAAGAGGCUGAUGGGGAAAAGGAGGCCAAGUCUGAACCCAAAGAAGAGGCUGAUGGGAAAAAGGAGGCCAAGUCUGAACCCAAAGAAGAAGCUGAUGGGAAAGAAGAGGCCAAAUCUGAACCCCGAAAAGGGGAUAAUAGAGAAGAAGCCAAAUGUGACUCAACAGAAAAGGCAACAAAAGAGUCAGAGAAGGGGAAUAAGGAGAGUUCCUGCUCAGAAUUGGAGGAGGUAGGUGGUACAGAUGGAGAGCCAGGUAAUGGAGCUGAGAAGGAGCAAGGAGAAGGCUUAGAAGCAAUUCCUAGCUCACCAGAGGAGUGGCCAGAGAGCCCCACAGGAGAGGGACAGCCCCUCAGCCCAGAUGCCACUGGUCCAGAGAGCCCAACAGCCAGUGACUCCUCCCCCAGUGAUGUGCCCCAGAGUCCCACAGGCCCUGCUCCCUCAGAGGAGAAGAAGGAGAAGCCGUCAGAACGCAGAGUUUCUGCUCCAACCCGACCUCGGGGGCCCAGGGCUCAGAACCGAAAAGCCAUCAUGGACAAGUUUGGGGGGGCUGCAACGGGGCCUGCCCCCCUUUUCCGGAAUGCAAAGGCAGCAGGGGCAGCUGUGGGCAGUGUCAGGAACAUGCUACUUGAGUGGUGCCGAGCCAUGACCCGAAACUAUGAGCACGUGGAUAUUGAGAACUUUUCCUCCAGCUGGAGUAGCGGAAUGGCCUUCUGCGCCCUCAUUCACAAAUUCUUCCCCGAUGCCUUUGACUAUACUGCGCUUGAUCCCAAGCAGCGCCGGGAGAACUUCACCCUGGCUUUCUCUACUGCUGAGAAUCUGGCUGACUGUGCCCAGCUGCUAGAAGUGGACGACAUGGUCCGGAUGAAAGUCCCUGACUCCAAGUGUGUCUACACCUACAUCCAGGAGUUGUACCGAAGCCUUGUGCAAAAGGGACUGGUGAAAACCAAGAAGAAAUAAGGAGCACGGGCGCCCCCAGCAGGAGCAGCCCAGAAGGACAUCUGGUUGAUGCUGAGGAGGCUUCCCCUCGCU